UUCUCUCUUCCUUCUUUCUAGCUAACAACGAAAUCUCGUCCUCCAGUUUCCAAGCUAUUUAAAAAACGUGUAUAAAAAUAAAUUAUUUCUGAAUUUGAGUGCGCAGAUAUUAGGGUUCACUUUCGUAAUCCGAGAAAGUUUGAGAGAGAAAAUCGAAACCAAUGCAAGUUUGAUUGAAAUCGUAACUUUCUCUCUCUCAAUCUCAUUUUUCGAUUAAUUUUCGAGAGAGAAAGUACGAAAAUCGGCAUUGCCAAGCCAACAACAGUAAGGCAGAACUGCAUUUCUCAUUGUACGCGAAAAUUUAUAUACAGCGAGAGGAAUUAUUUGGCGCCAUUUGGCUUUGUUGAUUCAUUUUGAAAAAUAAUAUUAAAAGAAGAAGAAUGUGUUUGUUUGUGUGAAUUUUGGAGGAAUGGAGGAAUUCGAAAUGGAGGAGUUUAUGGUAGAUGAAUUUGUACUUGAUUUUGACUACGAAUUUGAUGCGCCUCAAUACUUUGAUUUCUCUCAACCAGAAACUUUCGAAGAAACUACAGAAACUGAACGCUGGUUCGAAUCGGCCGCAAGUUAUCAUCCUUCGUCUUUUAUUCCGAAUUCAGACUGGAGAUAUGAUAUCCCUGAGGACGGGGGAAGCGACAAUAGUGAUUCUAGAAGCGUGAGUUCUGUUGGUGCUAAUACUGACGCUUCUUCAAGAGGACUGGAUUUCUGUAACCACAUGGACCAAGAUAUCCCAAAAUCCAAAACCAAGUCUGUGAUCAAGUCUUUAUCAAGGAGUUCAACUUUAAUGAAACCCACAGCAAGUUACUUGGCAAAGCAGAUUCAAACUCAAGAAGUUAAUUCCAAACAAUUUUUGGGAAGGUUUCAAAAGCUGUACGGAAAAAUGGACAAGUCACAGAAUUCUUAUUUGAUUGAGAACCUAGCUACCAAGAGACAAAAGCUGGAAGCUGGUUAUUUAUGCAAGGUUUCUCAUCUGAAGCAUCGAGCUUUUACCUUACACAAGGUUCCUAACAAGGCAGGAGACCUUGGGGUUAUUAUGGUGUAUGCUAGAUCUAAAGUUACUACUCCUAGAGAACCCAAUCUGAAAACUGCAAAUAGAGCGCAAAAACAUCGGUCCAAGGUUAAUGCAGGGUCAGCUGAACAUGCAAAAACAAAUGCUUACACCUUUCAAGCACGUCAUUCGAACAGAAAAAUCUUUAAAUCUCCUGCAUCGCCUCUCAUCAAAAAGAGCACACUUCGGCUGAUUGAGAGUCAAGAGUUUCAGCUGAGAACAUCUGAGAGGGCCAGGCAACAUGCACAUAACAGUGUAGCAACCAGGCAUAAUUAUAAUUCUGUCUCACAAAAUGAAACCAAAUAUUCCAUAAGACUGAACUCUGUCUAUGCCCAAAAGGAAGAGAAAUGUGCAGUAACACAAAAGGCUAAAUCUCACCAUUGCAAGAAGUUAAAUAAAGGAGAAAUUGGUGUCUUACAGAAGAUCAAACAGGGAACCAUAUUUCCAAUGGAAUUUGAUAUUCCUGAAGAUAAGACAUUUUUGAAUCAGCCACCAAUUGAACUACUACAAAAGCUCUCCCUUUCAUCUGGCCACACUAACAUAAAACCCCAGUCAAAGAUGCGAGUUCCUUUGAAGGAUUCAAAAGAGAGCACACAAAAUUCCAUCCAUUCGGAAUACAAGAUGAUGAAAACAAUCAAGAAAAAUUCUCAAAGGUUCAUUCAGAACAAUUCUCCAAGGACUGCUGAGAACCGGUACCAAGGUGGAAAAGCAUCAACUUGUAGAAGGAUUACUGAAGUUGGAGGGAACAUUAACAGGAGCUUGGCUGUCCGCUGAGAUCUACAGAACAAAGCUUUUAAGAAUUGAGUCUUAUCAUUUUAGAUGAAAUCCGAUACCGGUUCGGCCUAAAAAUUAUGGCAAAUAUCUGCAGAUAACUUUUUUUUUUUUUGGGUUUUGUAUAUUUUUUUUAUGCAUGAUCAUAGCAAUAAAAAAGUUUUGGAGCGCAAGGUUUGGUUAAGAUUAUGGUUUAGCUUGAUGUUAUAUGUAUAUGGUGACAGUUGGGAUACCUUGAUAUAACAUUACCAGAGGGUAAGAAGCGUGUAAGAUUGAAGUCUGGGUUGCCAGAACGGUCAGAAGAAUCUUAAUGACUCGUGAAGAUGUUUCCCAGUAGUAAAAAUCCUGCAGACAUUGCACUCACAUCCUGUGCAACUCUGAAGGCAAAAGCCUUUAAAGUUUUAACCAGUAAUAAAUAAUUGAAGCAAA